AUGGCCGACUCCACAGGAAUCGAAGCGACGAGCGCACCGCUAUACGAAGAUACUACUGCACCAUCUCAGGAACUCACCAAGACCGACGGCACUGUGCAGAAGAAGAAGACCAAGAUAAUCAAGCGCAAGCGACGACCAGCGCGGCCGCAACAAGAUCCCUCCACCUUCAAGACCGAACCACCACCACAGACGGGAACUAUCUUCAACAUAUGGUACAACAAGUGGUCGGGAGGUGACCGUGAGGAUGCGAUAUCGUCGAAACACCAAGCAAAAGGACGCUGCAAUGUCGCACUCGACAGUGGAUACACUCGCGCCGACAAGGUGCCAGGCUCUUACUUCUGCCUCUUCUUCGCGCGUGGACUGUGCCCGAAAGGCCAGGACUGCGACUACCUUCACAGACUCCCCAACAGCAGGAUAGGGAAGGAAGGCGGACUCGGCGACAUCUUCGCCAGUAACGUGGACUGCUUUGGCCGCGACAAGUUCAGCGACUACCGAGAUGACAUGGGCGGCGUGGGAUCAUUCAUGCGACAGAACAGGACACUCUACGUCGGCAGAAUCCACGUGACAGACGAUAUCGAGGAAGUGGUCGCGCGGCAUUUCCAAGAGUGGGGACAGGUGGAGAGGACGAGAGUGCUGCCAAGUAGAGGCGUCGCAUUCGUCACAUAUGUGCAUCUUGCAAACAGCGAGUUCGCGAAGGAGGCCAUGGCACAUCAGAGUUUGGAUCAUAACGAGACGUUGAAUGUACGAUGGGCCACAGUGGACCCUAAUCCGGUCGCACAGAAACGAGAGGCAGCAAAGAUCGAGGAACAGGCAGCUGAAGCCAUUCGACGAGCACUUCCGGCCAGCUAUGUCGCGGAACUUGAGGGGAGGAGAUAUGAAGGUGCAGAUCCUGAAGAGGAGCGCAAGCGGAGAAAGAUCGAAGGAAGCUUUGGACUGAAGGGUUAUGAUGCGCCAGAUCAUGUGUGGUAUGCCGCUGAGAAGGCAAGAAUUGAAGGUGGUGAACAGCCAAAGAUGCUCGAGAACGGACAGGCGGAGGAAGAUGACGAAGAUGGACCGCUGCUUAUUGGCAAUGGCAAUGCAUCAGCACAACAAGCAGCUGCAAACAACGGCCUGCUCGGCGCAUCAACACUGGCUGCACUGCAGGGCUUCAAAGCGAGCUCGAACGGCGAGAAGAAGGCACCGGAUAAGCCAGCCGGACCACUUGUGGCGUACGGGAGCGAUAGUGAGGAUGAUGAUUGA